UGGUGUGUGUUUAUAUAUAUUAUAUAUAAUAUAUAUUUAUAAAGUUUAUUCUAGAUGACAUACAGAACAUUCACACUGUGCAUCUAUGAGCAGCACUUGGUUCAGGAUCUUGCUCAAGGGCACUUCGGCAUCCAGGUGGGGAGACUGGGAUCGGACCUCUGACCUUCUGGUUGGAGGUUCCGCUCUGCCCCCUCAGCCACAGCCGCCCGAACAUGGGACAAAACACAAAACUACAGAAUCACCACAGACCCCAAAUAACGAUGGACGACAGGACGGCUCUGAAAACUGAAGCCAAAGUGUCUUGAUCGCCCCCUGGUGGCUGGACCCCAGUGUUCGUCCAACUAGUUUUCUGAGCUUCAGUUUGGUAACGAUGUUGAAGGAUGGAUCUUUCAUCUUUACUUCAUGACCUUCAUCUCCUCUCCUCAGAGAAGCCCCUCCCCCCCUCUCCUCUCCCUUCAAUCACAGAGCUCCUGGCUCGGCUGACGGAGAAGCUGAUAGGUGCGUCCUCGGACUCUGACACAAGCUCCCUGAUUGGUUGUGUGGAGCGACUCUUUCAAACAGCAGAUCCUGAUUGGCUGUUCUCCCUGACCUCAGUCAAUGAGGAGGGUGAGGAGGAGGAGCUUCAGUCUGCGUACAGGUCUCUGAUCAGCGCUCUGAUUGGCUGUGCCGAUCUGCCGCUCUGUGAGGAUGACAGCGCUCCAGCACCGGCAGCCUAUCAGAGCAUCCCGAGCCGAGCCAUCCAAGUUUGCUCGGUGCUCCGAGCACUGCUGGGAGCUGUGGGAAACUGGGAGGGGACUGGCCUGCUGCUACGUGUGGCGCCCCCUGUGUGUGUGUUUGCUGUGACACAUUUCCAGGAUCAGGUGUGGACCAACCCCCCCUCCAGGGCAGCUGCACAGAGCCUGCAGGAGGCGCUGCUGAGGGCAGGUGGCUGGAGAGACUCCGCCCACCUCCUGGUGGGAGACGGCAGACAAAGGGAGGGGGGGGAGGAAGGAGGAAUUCUAAGAGGAGUCCUGGACGUCCUGCAGCCGCAACUCACAAAGGACUCCUGGCAGCAGUGUGUAGCGGUGAAGCUGGUGUUCUCCUGGACUCUCCUGCAGCUCGCUCGCCCCUCUCUCUCCCUCCACCUGCCUCGCCUCCUCCCCCCACCCCUCCUCUUCAACGACCACUACAGACCAGAGAACUGCAUGCUGGGAGUACGCUGUCUGCACCACAUCAUACUCAACACGCCUGCUGCUGAUCUGCGUCAGUUCAACAGAGCAGACGUCAUCUAUCAAGCUUUGUUCAAACACUUGUUCACAACAGAGACGACUGUUAUACAGCUCGCCCUGUCCUGUCUCUUGGACCUGUUGUUGGUUUUGGAGAAGCCCCCCUCUUCGCUCGACCCCUCCCUCAGCCGCAGGAAGCCGUGUCUCCAUGAUGACGUCCUGCGCCUGGUCCUCGUCCACAUGGAGGCGGAGAACAAUGUGGCGCUGAGACGCGUCUACGCCUCCGUCCUCCCUUUGUUAGUGGACAGGAUGGGGGUGGCAGUGUGCAGACACCUGCUGCGAGUGGAGCGGGUGGUGCUGGGAUACCUGGAGGUCAGGGAUCCACCCGAGGAGACCAGCAGACUGAAGGUUCUGAAGGUUCUACAGAGAAUAACCAGAGCAGCCUGGCCCAGGAUGCAGCGUCCCAGGCUCCACGUGUUGCUGCGUCAGUUGCUGCAGCUGCUGGUGGACGUCUCUUCAGACUCUCAGCUCGACGUCUCGGUCCGAGAGACGCUGAUGAGAGAAGCGACGCUGUGCGUCCAACUGCUGCACGCCUGCUCCCCAGGGGACGUCCAGACUGUCCUCCUGCAAGUGGACAGCAGCUGUUGCAGUCCUGAAGUGCUUGGUUGCCUAGUGAGAGGUGAUGAGGAUGCAGUUGGGGAUGUCUCCUGAUGGACAGAUCAGGACGAGGACACAUGAUUGGACGAUCAGCUGUCUACAGAUGAUGGUUUUUGAGUUUGUGGUGUCACAUAUGUGAUGUCAUCAAACCAACAGGAUGUUCAUUGGUCUGACAUCACUUCCUGUGCUAAGUCCAUGCUAACAUGAUGUUAACACAAUAAGUACAUAGGUAUGACAGACGCACACAUGUUCGUCCCUGCGUCCGUCCCAUUCUUAUGAACACAGUAUUGUACGAACACUUUGAGGACACUUCUUCAAAUUUAGCGCAAAUGUUGAUGUGGAUUUCCGAGGUCAAAGGUCAGACCUGCACUGGAGGACGAGUGGCUCAUGAAGGACGUGUGAAGUAAAUAAAGACUCUUCAGUGAAUCCUCUA